GCCAUGGCGGAGGCGCUGCGCAGGUCCCCGCCGCCCGUUUACCGCAUGGCCGAGGCGCUGGGGGCCGAGCUGCGCCGCCUCUCCGCCCGCUUCGGGCCCGAUGCCGUGGCCGGGCUGGUGCCGGUUGUCGUGCGGCUGCUGGAGCUGCUGGAGGCGCAGGGGGAUCCUGCGGCAGCCGAGGCGGAGGCCCCCGAAGCGGAGGACCCGGAGCAGCAGCUGUGGGAGGCUGAGCGCCGGGAGCGCGCCCUGCGUGUGCGCCUGUCCCACCUGGAGGAGCAGAACUGGCAGCUCCUGGGGCAGCUUGUGGAGAACCAGUCCCAGGAAGAUAACGUGGCACGCACGGAGCGGGAGGUGAUGCUGCGGCUCAAGGAGGUGGUGGACAAGCAGCGGGAUGAGCUCCGUGCCCAGGCCCAUGAGAUCGUCUGCAAGAGCCGAGACCUGGAGGCGCUGCAGGAGCAGCUGCAGCGCUUCAUGGCCAGGAACGAGGAGCUGCGGCACAAGGUGGCCGUGGUGCAGGCGCAGCUCAGGAGUGUGCUGGAGAAGAACUCGGACCUGGAGGCUGCGAUGCUGCAGAUCCAGAGGGGAGUGAGCAGGAGGGGCAGGGACACCUCCGAGAUCCAGCAGCCGAAGCCCAGCCUGGAGGAAGCUCCAUCCCCCCCGGAGGAGCCACAGCACCAGGAUGCAGGCAGGAGCCCUGCUCACUGCUGCUUCUCCAAGGAGGAGCUGCAGCAGAUCCUGCAGGAGCGGAAUGAGCUCAAGACCAACCUGUUCCUGGUGCAAGAGGAGCUGGCUUAUUACCAGCGGGAGCUGCUGAACGAGGAGAGGAUUCCCAGCCUCUUCUUGGAUGCGAUGAAGUCAACGAUCAAAAGGCAGAGGAAGAAAAUCAGGGCCAAAAUGCUGGGAACGAUGGAGGAGGCAGAGAGCAACGAUGAAGAUGAGGGCUCCUGCGCCACAGGCUCUGUGGAUGCUCAUCCUCAUCCUCCCGAAUCCAGGAUUAGGAGCUUCUUCGGGUUCUGGUAUCAGGACAGCAGCAAAGAUCCCCCCACAUCCAGCAGCCCCAGAGCCUGGGAAGUCAUCGACUCCCUGGAAUCGCAGCUGGAGCCGGAGGGUGAUCCCAGUGCCGGCUCCUCCGACAGAGCCACACCACCCCCCUGAUCCCAUGGGAAUGGCCUCACUGCAGCACUUCCUGGUGGCACAGCAGCACUGGCUGCUUCCCCAUGGCUGGUGAUGGGGAUGCCACGUGUGGAAAACCUACUGGGACACUUGGCUGUGGGUUUCCAGCCUGGAUCAGCACCUCCAGGCAUCUCUGCCCAUCAGCCACCCUUCCACUGUGCCCAUGGCUUAACCUGUGGGGGUCUCCAGUUCUCUGUGCCUGCAGCUCAGCACCACCGGGGUCUGCACCCUCUUCCCAUCCACUCGUGCCUCUUUCCAUCAAACACCUCUCCCACAUCCUGCCCCAUUUGGAUGGGGUUCAUCCCUGCAAUGUGAAGGUGGAGUUGGGGUAUCCGGCAUCAGCACACGGCUGGAAGGGGCUGCACACACUGCAGUAGGGGUCCGGAUGCUCCCCGAGCUGGGAGCAGCUGGGAUCAGCACCAUCAGUGCCACUCUGUGCCCUUCUGUACUGGGACCUCUUCCUGCUGCUGUUGGGACCUGGAAGCCAGGAACAAUCCUCAUGUUCCCAGGGAAGCAUCAAUCCCUUCAGGUGCUUUAGAACAGGAGCUGGAAAUAAAUCAGUCCCGUUUCUCCUCCGAGGUA